GCCAGGUAUAAACACAAGCAUUUGAGUGAGAAUAUUUGCAUCGUACGCAUUUGAAACUUGAGUGUUCUCUGCUCCAUGAAAUUGGGAAAAGAAAUGGAAUUAAACAAGUCAGAAACGGUUCUUCAGCCGAUAGUUGAAAGGAAGGCAACAAACUACUUUAAAAUCGCAUUCCUUAUUCUCUUGGCUGUCAUAGCUGUUGGCGCUAUCUCCAUCACCGCUGUUUAUGUUGGAGGAAAACUUUCAAGAGACGCUUUCAAGGAAUUUUCUAAUAAGUAUCAGUUCCAUACAACAGACGGAGAGACCAUAGAUGAGACUGUUACAGUAACAGACACUGAUGAAGAUAUUAGCUUUGAAGAUGGUUCUCAUAUCAUUUUCGACUACAGUAAAGGGUUUAUGGUGAUGAAAGUGGUAGAAGAUGAUUAUGUCGUCUGCUAUGUUGCCAGUUUUGAACGAAGGGAUACUCAUGCACCUAUUGCCGAUGAACUCAAAAAUAUGAAGUUGGACAAUUUGACGAUCUCAGAAGAGAUUGAUUAUUACAUAGACAGGUCUUCCCCAGUCGACCCAAGUAUACUGUCGGAGAGAUCACGUGAUACAUGUAAAGGGGCCGAAAUAUAUUGGAUAACAACUUACAAAAUGAAAGACAAAAUCGGAAGCAGGCAGAAAUUUUGGUUCCGCAGGCGUAGAAGCAUUCACAGGGUCGUGAAGCAAUGCAAAACCCUUUGUCACCCUACCUUGAGCUCGGGUUUGAGAAUCCAUUGCGGUGCCCGCUGUACAUUUUAGACGACUUGUGAACUUCCAGUCAACUCAUAUAUUAUUAAAUUCUUAAAAAGAACUUGUACUAGAGAUUUGGCACAACAUUUCAUCCAUUUUGUUGUAGCAAAAUAUUUUAUAACAUUUUCUUUGUAUCAUGGCUGGAAUUUAGUGUUGUUGUAUUUUCUGGAUCAUAGAGUCCACUUAAUUUUUGUUUUGAUAGAAUUCUGCUUACGCCAGUGCUAAGGCGUGUGAAGGGUGUUGCACAUUUCAUUACCACUCAUUAACAAACUCAAUCAAACCGAGUCUGCUAUUACUCUGCGAUCUAUGCUUCCAAAUGAUUUUCUUACAGAUUAUUUUUGACUUCUUUGAAGAUUGCAGUUUUAUAUAUUUGCGAUACCUUCAGGUGUACAGAGUGCAUUGAAAGGGGCGGAGCUUAAUUAUCAUAACUAUGAUAAGUUAAAAGUAAUUUGAUACUUAUUGACUGAAUUGAACAUUUUACGAUAACAGAGUAGCAGACGUGUAUCACAGUUCAUCAAAAAAUUACUUUGCGUGUUUUAAUGUUAGCAUUGAAAAAUGUUACAGAUAUAUGAUAAUGUAAAACUUGCAUUAGGUCGAGAAUAUGCUGAAUUCAAUAUUAAACAACUAAGCAAAACUAAUAGCAGACUCGGUUUGACUGUUUUUCAGUCAUAUAAUGAUUAAAUUUAUAUGAUAUUGUUGUUUGAUUUUGUGGAAAUUUUGAUAAGUUAAUAACAGCUUACAUUCUGAAGGUACAGAACAUUUUAAGAAAAUGAUUUCAGUUAUUUGUACGAUAUUUGGAAAACAGGCUAUGGCAGGUUAUCUGUUUUGAUUUGUAUAAAUGGUCGAAUUUUGCCAAUUUCAAUAGUGGUGAAAGAUUUGUCAAAAAGUUUUAACUUAUAACGACAAACGAAGGUAUUCUUCGAGUCAAAACUUCAGCAGUCAUAUCAAGAGAAAUUAGAACUGUUUUUAUGAACACAAACAAAUAUCUAUGACUACAAUGUUCAGUUAUCAUUCUAUGCGCAAUGCUUAAUGUAGCAUUAACCAAUAUGUGUGUUUUCUAUCUUAUGAUGUAGAUAUAUUUUUGUGUUUUGAUUACUAAAAUGUAGCGUUAUUAUGUUAUGCGCAGUGUUUUAAUGUAGAACCCUUUUUUACAUCUUUGCCACUUACGUGAAAAAUAGACAUUUCUUGUGCUUUCAUUCCAAGUUAAAUUGCUACGAGGGCCGUUCAAUAUGUAAUGUUACUCCGUAUGUAGUUCCGUAACCACUUGUUAUUUUUAGAUGCGGUUUUCGGCACAUUAUAGAGCAUUUUAUUGGCAACACAAUGUUAUAUAAAUUAAAUUAAAUUGGUAGAUUUAAAGUAAACAUAUAAUCAGUUGAGUGAGGUGUACUCGGGUAUACUAGACAAUUUUAUGUCCAAAAUAUUGAGAUUGUAUUAAGCAAUUCCUUGAUUCUACUAUUCAACAACUGGAACUAUUGUUCAAUUUUCUGUUUAAACAGAUAAAAGAAAUCAUGAUCUUCACAAAAACAUAUGAAAACUAAAAUAAAAAAGUUUAUAACAGUUUUAAAUUGAGUGUGUAUAUUUUUACUCAAAAAUGAUAAGGUGAGUACAAUAAGCCUCUGCAAUUUUGUCAGGCGCGAUAAUCAUCGUUUAAAAAAUUAUUGUAUUUUAAGUUGAUACUAGUAUCUUAAAACUCGAUUGCGAAACUAGUUCUUACAACUUUGAUUAAUCGCUCUCAACACCCAUUCCAGAUGGAAUCAAAUUCGAGUGUAGAUUUUUUAGCUGUGUUGUAAAAUUAAAAAAGGCAAAAGAUAGUUUAAAACAAACGCAAACGCAUAACAAACUGCUAUACCUCAUAGAAAAAUGAUAGAAUUUUGUGAUUUUAAAUGUUAUUCUAUUUUUCUGAGACUCUGGAUGCCCAGGACAAACCUAAAUUAUAAUUAUGAUCCAGUAUACCUGAGUACACCUCACUAAAAUGGUUAUAUUUUUACUUUGAACCUGUCGAUUUUUAUCAUUUA